AUGGCAACAUUUACUGUUCCUCGAGUUGUCCCUUCUCCUGCUGAAGAUGCCGCGGCUCUCUUGAAGGCGUUCCAAGGAUGGGGCACCGACGAGCAGGCGGUGAUAUCCAUCUUAGCUCACCGCGACGCGACCCAGAGGAAGCAGAUCGCGCUGGAGUACGAACACAAGUACAGCGAGAGCCUAAUCCAACGCCUGCAGUCAGAGCUCUCCGGCGAUUUUGAGAGAGCAGUGUACCACUGGAUGUUUGACCCCGCCGAGAGGCAGGCUGUGAUGGCGAACGCCGCAACGGAAUGCAUCCAGGAGGAGUACCCGGUGAUCGUGGAGGUCGCGUGCACCAACUCGUCCGCGGAGCUCGUGGCCGUCAAGAAGGCAUACCAUGCCCUGUACAGGCGCUCCCUGGAAGAAGACGUCGCCGCUCGUGCCACGGGCAACCUUCGCAGUCUUCUGCUCGCGCUGGUGAGCACGUACAGGUACGACGGCGACGACAACGUGGACAUGGAGCUAGCGCGAUCAGAGGCGAAGAUCGUGCACGAGGCUGUGCGAAACGGCGCGGCAGCGGGGGGUCACGAGGAGCUCAUCAGGGUGGUGGGCACCAGGAGCAAGGCGCAGCUCAGGGCCACGUUCGGCUGCUUCAAGGACGAGCACCGCGGCAGCGUCACCAAGGCGCUGCCGCGCGGGGACGACCCCACGGGGUACCCCCGCGCGCUGCGGAAGGCGGUGCGGUGCGUCGCGGAUCCCAGCAAGUACUUCGCCAAGGUGCUGAGGAACGCGACGCGCGAGUCUGCAGGGACCGAUGAGGAUAGCCUGACCAGGGUGGUGGUGAUGCACGCGGAGAAGGACGACAUGGGGGCCAUCUGCGCCGCGUUCCAGAAGAGGGCGUCGUGCACCUUGGAACAGGCCAUCGCCAAGGAAACCUCGGGGGACUACAGGAGCUUCCUGCUGGCUCUUCUUGGAAGCUAA